AUGGCUGACGAGGAGGAGCGCGUCAAGGCUGAGAAGCUGGCUGCCGCCAGGAAAAGGGUAGCCCAGCUCCAGAAGCAAAAGAAGAAAGCGAACAAGAAGGCCGCUUCCACAACAGACGCAACCAAAGAUGCCGAGGAAUCGAAGGAGUCUGAACCUACGGAAGACCCUACCGCUGCCGUCGAGACUGCCCCUCCAGCUGACGGCCCCGCCGAAGAGAAGCUGCAAGACGAGACGUCCGCAGAGACGACGAGUCUAGAGCAACCGGCCGAGCAAGAAUCACAAGAACAGCCUGCUGAGCCUGCCGAACCUAUUGAGUCUCCUGUCGAGCCUAUGCCCCCUGCCCCGACCUCGCCUGAUCCAGAGGCGGAUCCGCAACCCGCGCGUCUGGAUACCCCUCGAGCCAGCCAUGGCCGCCAGCCCUCCUUAUCGAUCCAAUCGAAGAUGCGCUCAUCAUCAUUCCGCAAAACUUCCGUCUCGCAGGGUAGUGCUCCUCCGUCUGCGUCGUCCCUUAAAUCCCCGCCGCAGUCACUACCGCCCCUAACAGGGGACGGAGAGUCCGUCCAUGAGGUGUUCCGGAAGCAAUCAACCAAGAUCGAGGAGCUAGAGAAGGAUAACAAGCGCCUGGAAAAAGAGCUUUCCGAGGCGACGACCCGGUGGCGCAAGACCGAAGACCAAUUAGAGGAUCUGCGCGAGGCGAGUGUAGAUGGCGCGGAAUUAAGGGAACAGUUGAAGAAGGCUGAGGAGAAGGCAGCAAGCCUUGAGUCAUUGAAAGAGGAGGUUGCCUCACUGCAACGCCAAAACUCUCAGCUGAAGUCUCACUCUCACCGCAAUAAUGCUAACGCUUCUACACCGGGGAUGUCGGAAUCACCGCCUGCGGAUUUGGUACGUCAAUUAGAAUCCAAAUCAGCUACUAUUGAAGCUAUGGAAUUGGAGAUCUCCAAUUUGCGCGCCCAGGUCACGUCGCAAACUUCCUCGAGCAGCGCGCACGAGACCCAAGUCGCCGCAUUGGAGGAAAAGGUCUCACAGAGCCAGUCCGCUCUCGAGCGAUCCCAGCGUGAACUGAGCGACGCUAAACAAGCACUUACCCGAGCAUCGGAGAAGGCCGUCAAAGAAGGCGUGGACAAGACCUCCACCGACUCUCUGAUCAAGUCACUGCGGCGCGAGGUCGAGGAGGCCAAGAAUGAAAAGGGUGAGGCAGAAAAGAAGAUUGAGACUUUGGACAAGAAACUCCAGGCUCUGGGUAAUCUCCACAAAGAAUCCGAGACUCGGCACAACGUCCGGCUCCGCGAGAGCGAGAAGUCAGAGAAGGAGACAGCCAUACUUCGGAAAAAGAUAGCCAGCAUAGAGACCGAGAACCUCCGCCUGCGCGAGGAAUGCGAUCGCAUUCGCAAGCGUGAUGCUGGCGGCGUGGAUGAUGACGCCCUCGACGAGCUCGAAGACGAGGAGCGACAGCGCCUCGAGCGCCGCAUCCGCGAUCUUGAAGGUGAGGUGUUUGAUCUGCGCCGCGGCGUCUGGCAAGAAAAGCGCCAUGAACUGGCUGGCCAGGACUUCGCGGACGAUGGUGCCGAUGCCGCGGGCGACGCCGCGGCUAAUGCUUUCGACGACGUCGACCUAGUUGGCGGCCGCCCGGAUCACUCUCGCCGCCGAAGUAUGGCACAGCAGCAACACUCGUCCUUCUCGACAGUGUUGUCAAGCGGCUUCGCGGCGUUCACAGGGACCGGAAACCGCUCGCGCGCUGGCUCGUCGAACCCACCACACCCCCAUGCCCCUGCGGCCCGGGGCAGCCUCGAACUCUUGUCCGAGGAGAACUUGGAGGACGAAUUUGACGAGGCGGAAUUUGCGCGUGCCCAAGCGGAAGAAGAAGCUCGGAAGCGGGUCGAGUGGAUGCGUGAUAUCAAGCGAAAACUGCGGGACUGGAACGGCUGGCGCUUGGAUCUGGUUGACAGUCGGGCUGGAGCGGAGGGGCCUGGAUUGGCUCUGGGUCAAAUCUUUGAGGUUUGA